GUCCAGAAUCUUACCGACAGCUGAGGCAAGCGCAUCCCCGCCGCACCGCACCACGCCUCAGUUUUAACCCAUUAGCGACCCGCACAGGCGACAUAGCGUGGUGAUUCGAGUUUCCAUGAGAGAAGAAGGCCUGUGUAGUGUGUGAGACUUGCGAACCGCAGGAUAUCCUCGCUGUUGAGUCGAGUGCUUACAAAAUCCUACUGACUGGAUUGCACGGACCUCCCUCGUCGGUCCGUGUUAGCGGCGACAGAAGGCACCUCCUCCCGCUGGCCGUGACGUGUGACCCCAUCCCCUCCAGGCCUUUGGUGAUGGGCGUGAGGGCGUGGGCGCGCGGGGGGGCGUGGGCGUGAUGGUGGGGCGCCCGUAAUGCGCGAGUCACCCCUGGAGGGAGCCACCGCCCCCCGGAACAAGCAGGCGCCCUCGAGCCUCAGCGGGGCGACUGCUGGCUCCGCGGGUGCCUCCACCCACCCACACCCACACCAGCCUCCCGCCCACCACCACCACCACCGCCCGCACCACCACCACAACAACCACAAUCAUCAACAGCCCAACAAGCAUCAUCAUCAUCACCACUAUCACCACCACCACGCCAACAAGCAUCAUCAGCAACAGCAGUCGCAGCCUCAGCAAAACUACUCCAACUCGAAGGCUCCCGGCGGCGCGUACCAGCAGAAGAAGGGCCUCCCCUAUCACCAGCAGGGCAAGCACCAAACCCAACACCACCAUCAGCAGCCCCCGCCCCAGCAGACCAGCAAGCAGCAGUCCCAUCAGCAGCAAAAGCAGCAGCACCAGCCACCCACACCGCCCAAGCCCGCACAUUACCAGCGGCAGCAGGGCUCCCCCUCUCCUGCCCCUCCUCCCCAGCAGCACAGAGCUCCUGGUGGCCAGUCAGGGCAGCAGCAGCAACAACAACAACAGCAGCAGCAGCAGCAGCAGCAGCAGCAGCAGCAGCAGCCGCAGCAGCAGCAGCCCCAACAGCAGCCGCCGCCGCCGCCGCCGCAGCAGCAGCAGCAGCAGCAGCAGCAGCAGCAGCAACAGCAGCCACAACAACAGCAGCCGCCACAACAGCAAUCACAGCAGCCGCCGCAGCCCAAGCAGAAGCAGCAGUCCCCUGCACCGUCGCAGCAGGGACCCGGCACGGGUGGACCGCGACAGCAAGCACCCAACUUCGAAUAUGACGACCAGGAGUGGGACGUGGGCGUGGGCGACCUGAUCAUUGACCUGGACGCCGACAUCGCCCAGGCCGACCGCGGGAGGAUGAGCUCCGCCGCCCCGCCCCCGCAGCACCACCACCAUCAUCACCAUCAUCACCACCAUCACCACCACGCCAACGCCUCAUCAUCCUCAUCGGCCAGCGGCGCCAGUGGCGGCAGCGGCACCCCGACCUCCAGCGGGCCCCAGCAGCAGCAGACGCAGCAGUCGCAGCAGCAGACACCGGAGGACAAACACAGCCUCAAAAUGAAGAUAAAGAGGACGAAGCCGACGACCAAGAAUAGUGAAGCCAAACACGAGAUUGUCAAGAGUGACAUGGGUCCCGGGCCUCCCCACCCCACGCCCCCCACCUCGCUGCAGCAGCACCACCACCAGCAGCUGCACCAGCACCCUCCCAUGUCUCAGCAACAGCCGCAGCAACAGCAGCACGCGCCGCCACCACCUCAGGCCCAGUCCCAGGGCCAGCAGCCUAGCACCCAGCAGGCCCAGCAGAAUAGCACCGGGGCGGCCAGUACCCCGCCCAGCCUCCAUCACAACGGUGCCCACAUUAAGCUGGAGCCUGGCACUGGCGGCGGCGGUAACAGCAGUAGCGGUGGCAACAAUACUGGUGGCAGCAAUAACAGCAGCAGCAACAGUAGCAGCUUAAACAGUAGCAAUAGCAACAGCAACAAUAGUGCUGAGAUGAACGGCCGGGCCGCGCCUCGCUCACAGCCACAUGUUAGAGCUGCCCACAAGAAGGACAAGCGACGCCACGACCUCAACGGCACGGCGUCGCCACCGCCCGCGCAGCCCCAGCCUGUGGCGUCGUCCCCUAGGCCCCUGGGCACCUGUCCCGUGACGCCUACCAUGCCUCCCGCCGCCGCCGCUGCCGCUGCGACCCCCACCACUCCCACCCAGGCUCCCGCGGCGGUGGUGGUGACGGCGGCGACAGGGGUGGGUCCGGGGGCGUCACCCCCUCUGGCUGCAGUGAAACUUGAGCCCCGCGCCUCCAGCUCCUCUCCCAGCAGGGCCGCCACGCCGCUGUCACACUUCCCGGUCAAGAGUGAUACUCCGCCCCCUGCCAAGCGACCGAAGCCGGGUGAGGAGAGUGUGGCAUCUCAGCGUGACGUGUGUGUAGGAACCAGCGUUGCCACCCUCACUGACCCUGACUGCCUGGGCCCCUGUGAGCCGGGCACCUCUGUCAUGUUGGAGGGCAUCGUCUGGCAUGAGACUGAAGGCGGAGUUUUGGUAGUCAAUGUGACCUGGCGUGGCAAGACCUACGUGGGUACCCUGCUAGACUGCACGCGACAUGAUUGGGCACCACCAAGGUUCUGCGACUCGCCCACCAGUGAUAUAGAGUCUCGCACACCCAAGGGUCGGGGUAAGCGGGGACGUGCUGCCACCACCACUACUACCACCACAACCACCACCACCACCACACCUACCACUGAUCUCACUGUUACAGAGACUCGCAGUGGAAAAUUGCGCAAUGCCAAUGUUAAAGGACGGAGAGGAAAUGUGACCCCAACAUUCAACCCUCCUCCUAGUCCGGUCAAAUCUGAGCCUGGUGGGACCAAGCGCAAGGGUAGAGAAAAUGAAACACCCGAGGCUAAAAAUUGGAAGCGAUCACGAGCAUCGUCGCGUGGAACUCCCACCAAUGGCUCCAACAGCCCCGGCCCCGAGCAGCCUGCCUCCCCACAGCUGAUCGAGUGCCCCGAGCCCAAUUGCAACAAGAAGUACAAACACAUUAACGGGUUAAAGUACCACCAGAGCCACGCCCACAACAAUGCUGCCAACGAUGACGAGACCACCAGUACGGAGGGGCGGGCUGAGAGUGAGGUGGAGGAGAGUCAGCCCUCCUCACCGGCCCCUGUGGUGGAAACUCCUGUGGAUAAGAGCUCCCAGGAUGUGGUGAAGCCUUCAGUGCUGCGCUACACGGGGCCACCUGCCUCGUCGCCCAGCCCGGGCCCCAGUGAGGAUGCACCUAAGGGAACCAACGCAAUGCCUGCUAGUCAGCCCAGUGUGAUACAGACACGGGUGCCUCCACCCAACCCAGCCGUCUAUGUGUACACUGGCUCGGGGAAUGUGGUGAGCCCACAGCAUCCACCACUGGGAUCUCCAGGGGUUGGUGUGGCCACCCCAGGAGUGGGUGCUUCCCCUUCAGUGGUUGGUGUGUCCCCAUCAGGGGUAGGUGUGACUCCAGUCUCAGGCAGCAUCCCACAGGUCAGACCCAGCGGCUUAGUCAGAUCCGAGGUUAGAACUGAGAUGAUGGUACGAGGCAGCACUGGUCCCAGGCCAGCCAUGCCUCCUGUGGGAGCCCAGGUGACCCCUGUCUCCACUAAUUUGACUCCACUACCACCCCAGGGCACACCUCUGUCCAGUCUGCCAGGCAACUCUCCAGGCUUGAUCUCAGUCAAGCAAUCACUCUUAGAAUCUGAUAAAAACAAGCCCAAGGAGUUGAUAAAUGGCUUGGUGAACAAAGAGGUGCGGGAGGAGGACCAUCAGCCAGGCCGCGAGGAUGCCCGCAGUCCUGCGUACUCUGACAUUUCUGAUGCCAAUGACACUGCGCCAGUGAUGGAUGGUGACAACGAUAACAAAGAUUUGCAAGAUGAUAAUAAGAAGCCUGAAUUAUCUCUUGGUGCACAGCCCUACCCACCCUAUGGGAUAUACUAUCCCUAUGGACAGCCCCCUCCACCAUUCCUUAUGCCUCCCAUACAGCCUCCACCUGGACCUCCUGUCCCUACGAGUAAAGAUGGAGAUGGAAAAGACUUGAAAGAUAAGCCUGGUGAAAGUGAUAAAAGAGACAGUGUACCUCCACAAGGAAGUAGUGAGUUUCUUAGUAAAAUUCCGUACCUUUAUCCAUCUCCUUAUUACAUAAACCCUGGUUAUCCGGAACAUUUUUUACGAGAAGCACCAAUUUACAAAGAUGUAGAGGGUAAGGACUUGGUAGCAGUGAGGGAGGGAGACAAAGGUCCAACAGACCUCUCCAAAACUGGGCCAGGGGGCAUGCUUGUCACUCCCACUAUACCCAAAGAUAAGUUAGGUACGAUGAAAGACAAACCAGUAGAGAAUCACACCAUUCUUAAAGAAGCACAUGAAAUUAAGGGCCACUUAGAUAAACGGCCUCCCUUUGACGAGCCUCCCCUGGCCUAUCGGUACGCCUUUGAGCAGCGUGUGCCCCUACCUGUAUUAUCACAAGACAAACCUGGGGAGAAGGGCCUGGGAGGAGGACCCAAACCCUCACCCCCAGCACCCAUGUCUAGUCCCAGAGUUGUGUCCACUCCCCCAGCGAGCUCAGCCCUUGGAAAAGACGACCGGGGAGAGAAGAAAGUCGAGUCCAAGAAUGAAGGAGUGAAACCAACCAUGGAGACAACAGGACCCCCUCCCCCUCCAAAUUCUACCGCCUAUUACCCUUCCUUCCCCUACAGCUCCCUUCCAUACGACCCUUACAGGCCUCCAAUAGUCCCUUCGAUGACCCUUCCUGCUGGCUACCCUCCUCCUCACUACCUUCCUUCAGCUAUGGUGCCUAGAUACCCCCUCAACUCCCCUGUCAGCAAUGCACCAGAGGAUCUCUCCCGAGGUGGAUCGAGUGGCUCCAUGAUCCACUCCCACCUCUAUUCCAACCACAAAAUACAUGAGUUACAUGAGAGGGCGAGGAAGUCACCCUUGUCUUCUGGCGCCUUGGGGAUGACGCCGCCAGGCCUCCUCAGCACCCCACAGAAAGUAGCAUCUCCUAUGAAUAGCGGCAAAGAGGGAUCUCCGUUGGGGCCAGUUGUUACCUCUGCUUCAGUAUCCGUGCCCUCUUCAUCCUCGUCCUUAACACAUGGAGAGAGGGGACCUGUGGGAGGAGGGGUAGAGGGAAGGUCACCCCCAACAGCCCGCCCCCCCACACACCACCUGCAUGAAGGCUUCUCUCCCUACUCUCUGCUCCCCCCACAGUACCACUAUGCAGCGCUGGGGGCGAGCCAGACAGCGGCAACAGCUCCACCGGCCAAGUGAGGUGCUGGAACAGUAACAACAAUGGAUGACGUGACCACUUGCCUGUCUGUUCUGGGAGGAAAACAGAAUCUGUGUGACCUGUUUGUUCCCAGUGAAACCCGUGGAUGUGGCUGGAUCAGGCAGGACGACAGAAUGACACACUAACACGAGUCCUGGUGUGUUGUGAGGAGCUUGCUGUCACCAAGAAUGUCCAGAUUUCCCAAAGCAUUCCAUUGGAUUGGAAUAUCAAAAGAUGUUGAGUUGGGAAGGCACUGUGGUACUGUCCAUGGGAAGCAAAAGGAAAGCUUUUGGAAGUACAAAGACAAAGUGAUGGCGUGUGAACAGAAAGUGUUGGUGGAAUUCUGAUAAUCAGGACUAUUAUUGGCAUUGAUUUUGUCAGAAUGUUUAUUGGAAGAUAUUUUGUUUGUGAAGUCUUAUUUUGCAUUCACAAAAUUUCUUAUAUUAGUUUGUGCAUCAAAGCUCAACCAAAUAAUUAGACGGAAAAAAAAAAGUCUAUUGACUUUGAAUUUUCAAAUGCUGUGGAGUUAUGGAAGAGUGAUGAGUACAGUGACUGGAAGAAAAGUGUUUAUAUGAGAGACAGAUGAAAUUCCAGAAGUGAAUCUGAAAAUUAGCAGGAGCCAUAAGGUGGUGUGGUUAUGCCUCAUGUGAUAAUAAACAUAGAGAGGAGCAUGAAACUUGGGCACUGUUGAACUGGCAAUGUGCUUGUGAUUUCAUGGAAAUGUGUUGAUUACCUUAUUUUUAUAGAUGAUUGGUAAAAUAAAAUUGGUGUCUUUCAUUACGGAAGUAAUUGGACUUCAUUGGAGUGUGGCGACUGGUGGGUUAACUACGUAUGUGUUUUAUGCUGAAGUAAUCACACCAGUAGUUUCUGUGAGAAAUAUAAGUGAUGUGCUGUUAUGCUCAGGAAGGUUAGGGGAGGCAGUGGUGGCAUGCUUGUCACGCACCACUGCCUCACAGAAGGACAAUAACAACAAAAGAUAAAAAAAAAUAAAUAAAAUAAAAUAUGGAUACCUGAAAGUGUCAUCUCUGAUAUUCCUAAAAAGAGGAAUAGUGUAUGUAGUAAGUUGGUAUAUGAUGCCUUGUACUUGUAGCAUGAUCCAAAACAUCAUGUGUUCAACAUCUUUACAAGCAAACAGGAGGCCUCCAUACUCCUGGUAUUGAUUACUGUAGCGUUUGGAAGACCAUAUCCUGUCAGUGCUAGAACAGAGGAUGGGAUGAAAGUAAUGGAGUACUGUGGUGAAGCUAAGUAUCCUAGAGCAGUGUUGGUGAGUUGUGUGUGUGUGUGUGUGUGUGUGUGUGUGUGUGUGUGUGUGUGUGUGUGUGUGUGUGUGUGUGUGUGUGUGUGUGUGUGUGUGUGUAAUGAAACAGAGUGAAUGUGAGCACCUUCAUUACCAUCAUCACCAUUGUCAUAUGUAUAUGUGUUCAUGAUGUGAUUGCAGUGGUAUGGAGUCCAUAUUACUAUACUUUUGUUGUCCUGACCAGUCUGUGAUAGGUCAGCAAACUCAGGUGUGUAUGAGUGGCUGUUCACUCACCUGGACACUUGUUUGGAAGUCACAGGUGGACACACACAAACCUCUUCUUAUGUCUGUGUGGCUGAACUGCUGAACUGUAUAGGAAACAGAAAGUGCCGACUGAAUGUUCAGAAAUCACAAAUGUGGUAACGUUACAACAGAUGAGGGAGACAGUUUAGGAAAUGGUUACAACAUUGUCAUUCCAGUUACAGUUAUCAUUCCAAGAGUUUUGUAUUCUCCCCCGCCCUCAGUCCUUCAUAUGUUAACAUUCUUGAAACAUAUUAAACUGUUAUGUAAAAUAUCCCAACCUCUGGAUUAGGCCUCCCAUUUUUGAAAACCUGAUUUUUGUAGUAAGGCAAGACAAUAUGUGUGAUUUAGCUUAUUCUCUACUGCAAAAAAAAAGUCUAGUCAAUACAUCAGUUGAUUUGUCUGAUGGUAAUAUAUAUUUAACAUCACUCAUUUGUCUACAACUAAGGAAAAUUUAAGCAUAAUGAGAGUCACUCAUCCUCUGGUAGUGUGCAAAGAGGCUUCACUUGACAGACAUUCACACCUGCUGAAGGAGGUGGUGUGAGUCAGACGCCAGGAUUCACACAACUUGUCUUUGCCUCACACUCAAGGCCUUCCUACAACAGCCAGUCUUGAGGUUCGUUAUCAAUUGGAAUUCUUUAUUCUCUUAUAUAAGUUAAUCCAAGAAAUUUAUAGUCAUAUUUUCAUAAAAGUCAUUAGCAGAUUAAAAGUUCUAAGGUUCUUAAGGUCUGAGUAGAAUGUGGGCAUGAUCUAGAUUCAAUCUGAAGUGGAGGUAUAAAAAACAAAUUGAAGGAUGCUUCUUUUUAAGUAUGCUUAUUUUAGCCUGGAGAGUUCAAUCUUAUUUAUAGCUAUUUUAUGAAAGAAGUGUUUAUCCAGGGUUCAGAACUAUUUUGUAUGAUGGGUAUUUUUAAAUAGAAGACUUAAAUAUUCAAGUUAGAGCCGUCAGUGUUGUGUUGAUACCAAGGAGACUUCAGUGUUGGAUAUGUUGAGUCUGGCUGUGUGAGCCAAUUUUUUUAAAAAAAUUAUUUCAAAAUAUAAGAAAAUUUAAAA